GGCGGCAGUCCCGGCACGUGGUCGCAGAGGCGCUCCGGGCCACGCCGCUUCGAGGCCUACGACUCCUCCUCCUACUCCUCCUCUCACCUCCACGCGGCCACAGCCGCCGCUGCUGCUGCUGCUCCUCCUGACACCACCACCACCCCCCCCCCUGAUUUAGCAACUCGCUUUAAACAUCUCUGCUGUUAAAGAGGCUCCUGCCCCCCCCCCCUUCCUCCAGCUGCGCGGUUGGACAGAGACAUGAGCAUGGCAGACCCACAGGGCGUGGAGGCGGUGAGGAGGCUCGCGUCCCGCGUGACCAGCUCCAGCGUGCGGGACCGGGAGGCCACAUUCACCGAGCUGAGACCCUCCCUGUGCAACGCCGGGCUGCCCGAAGCGGCUGUCAAGGCUGUGUGCCGGCUGAUGUGCAUGACUCUGCAGCGCUACAGGGAUGCAGCGUCGCGCCGGGCGGUGCGCGAGACCCUGCGCGUGCUGGCCGAGGCGUAUCCCGCCGCCACGGCGCGUGCUCUGCCUCCGCUGCUGCCCCAGGCGGCCCUCGUCUCCAAGGGCAGCGGUCCCACGAAGUGCAGCAGUGCGGCGGCGGCGGAGGCGGUGGCGUGGACCUGCACGCUGGCACGAGCGGCGUUCACCUCGCCCGACUCCCAGGAGGGCGAGGCCUGGAAGCAGCUGGUGGAGGUGCAGGGCGUGCUGCUCACCGAGGCACUAGGAAGUCCGCGUCGGAGCGUCCGGGACUCCGUCGGCAAGAAGCUCGUGCGCCUCUGGACCGAGCUGCCCGCGCUGGUGGAGCGCUACAUGAGCACCCUGUUGUCUGGAGAUGCCGGUGCCAGCAGCCUGUGUCUCGUCGGUGCCCUGGUGGAGCACUGCUGCAAAACGGGCCACACCAGCACGGUCGACGGGCACAAGGCUCAAAUGAUCGACCUCUUCAUCAAGGCUUCCUUCCUCGGCAAAUCGAAGCCUUCCGCCCACGUGUUGGAGCACUGUGGCCCCUUGGUGCGCCGUCUCACCCACGCCGACUUCAAGGAGCUCGUCCUGCCGGUCGUCGUCAAGUCGAUGCUGCGCAGCCCCGAGAACGCCAUCGAUGCGGUGGGCUCGCUCCUGUCACUGGUUACCCUUGACCUGAGCCAGUACGCAAUGGACAUCGGCAGAAUCCUCGCGAGCCAGCUCAAGUCGAACAGCGCUGCGCUGGCGGAGGCGGCCGGGGUGGCGCUGCGUGGCCUCGCGCGCCAGUGCAGCGAGGGGGACGCCCUCGAGAGCCUCCUGAGGCACCUCUUCGCCGUCCUCAAUGGGUCGGAGGGGAAGCUGACGGUCGCGGCACAGAAGAUCAGCGUCCUGUCAGGUGUGGCGAGUCUGAGCCAGCACGUCGUGUCCACCGGCGCCGCCCAGGCCCUGAGCCGAGUGGCAAUCGAGCUCUUUGUGCAUUUCCUGCAGCAGGAGGUGCACGACGGCACGCUGGUGUCAGCGCUCGCGGCUCUCUCGGCGUGGUGCGCCCGCCUGGCGGCACCGCCCGCACCGCUGCUGCUCGCGGCCUUCCGCGACGGGGCGACGCGCAAGGGAGCAACGAGCGCCACACGGCUCGCAUACCUGCAGUGCAUGAACGCCACCUUCCACGGAGACAGCGCGCUGGCGGCGCUGGAGCUGCUGCCGUGCCUCUCGCAGGCGCUGGAGCGCGCCGCCGCGCAGGGCUCGCAGGUCGCCAUGGUGACGGAGGGGGCCUCGGCCGCGCUGCUCGUGUGCCGCCUUGCCGUGGCCGACGCCCAAGUCGACACCAAACUCUCGGCGCUGUGGCCCCUCAUCGUGGACGAGAAGAAGCAGCUCUUCACGGCGGACAAGUUUCUGGCACAGGGGUCCGAUGAAGCGCUCUGCACGGUGCUGCAGCUCUCCGAGCGACUGCUGCUCGACCACCCGCAGACGGUGACGGCCGAGAAGGCUCGGCCGUACGUGCGCGCCGUGCUCGUGGGCCUGCUGCACCGCGCCUGCGCCGUGCGGCGUCGCGCGCUGCAGACGACGAGGAAGCUGCUGUCAUCGGCGGGCGGCAUGGGCCUGGCGCACGGCCUUCUGGGAGAGCUCAAGCUCGUCCUCGCUGGGCACAAGGUGGUGGCGCCCGAGCUGCUGGUGAACGAGGCAGGGGAGCCCACGGACUUGGGCCGCUCGUACGCGGCGCCGCGCCUCCUCGCCGGCGCCCUGUGGGCCGUCACGGCCACGGCGCCGCCACCGCACGGCGCAGCGGCAGCGGCGGAGACGGAGGCGCUGGCCCAGGACGCGCUCCUGCCGGCGCACCACCCGUCCGUGGUGUCGGUGAGGCCCGGCCUGUGGCUGGCGCUGCUUGCGCGCUGGGGCCUGAACGCGCCGCGGCUGGUGGCCAAACUCGGCCCCAAGCUCCUGCCGGGCCUACUGGCCACGCCUGACGCCAGCCCGGCGGCGCUGCAGGCGGUGGUGACGUUGGUGGGGGUCGCCCCCCGUCCCAUGCUGCCCCCCGUGGUGGGGCACGUGCGGGCGGCGCUCUCCGAGCCGGCGCUGCUGCAGGUGACGCGCGACGACGCGGCCGUGAUGCGGACCCCGCCCGGAACACUGUGGGACCGCUCGGUCAUCGACAGCAGCAAGAAGGAGGCGUCGGGGAAGCGCUCGGGGAACAUGAAGAGGGAGAACAAGGCCUACUCGUACCAGGAGCAGAUCCUGGAGCUCGAGAUCAAGGAGGAGCUGAAGAAGAAGAAGAAAGGCGGAGGAGGCGGCGGCAAGGACGCCGCCCCGCAGCUCACGGCCAAGCAGCAGGAGAUGGUGGAGGAGCAGCUGAAGAAGGAGGCGGAGACGCGUGCACGCCUGCAGCAGAUGGACAAGCGUCUGGCGUCGGCGCUGGCGCUGCUGGGGGCGAUGGUGCGGGCGCGGUCUCCGAGGCUCGCGUGCCACGCGGCGCCGCUCGUCGCUGUGCUCACUCCGCUGCUGGCCUCCCCGCUCGCGGCGCCGCGAGCCCUCGACACGCUGCUCUCCCUGCCGCAGCUGCUCAUGCCGCCCGAGCACGCCCAGCUCGGCGAGGUGCUGGGCUACGUGACGAUGCGGCUGCUCGUCCCCGAGUGCGAGGUGCCCGCCGCCUGGUGCCAGGAGCCGCUGAGCGACGCCGCUGAGAGGGUCGUGGCGGCGCUCUACGCGCUGACCGUGUCCGGCCCCGGGCCGCUCCCUGCGCCGGCCUUCGCGCUGGCGUUCCCGCUGCUGCGCACGCUGCUGCUGCCGGCGCCGGCGUGCGACGUGUCGGAGGAGACGCGCGUCGCCGCGCUGCUCGUCAUGGCCGCGCACGCGCAGCUGCGCUCGCGCCAGCAGCAGCGCCAGCAGCAGGACGAGGAGGAGGACGAGGAGAAGGGAGAGGAGGAGGAGGAAAUAGACGAGAACGGACCGGAGCUGCUUCCCAGGAAGGACAUGAUGCUGCUGCUGACCUCGCUGGUUGCCACGGCGUCGCCACGGCUACAGGUGACGGCCGCGUCGGCGCUGACGGCGCUGUGCACCAGUGCGAGCGGGAACCCUGGCUGCGCUUGCGCCGAGCAGGCCGAGGUGGAGGUGCUGCUCGCGGCGCUGCUGUCCCCGUGCACGGCGCUGCGCGACGCCGCGCUGCGGGGUCUGCUGGAGCUGGAGCUGGUGCUGCCCACGCCCGACGGGGGCGAGGGCGAGGCGGGCGUGCACGUGCUGCGCCGCGUCUGGCUCGCGCGCUUCGACCCCGAGGAGGAGAACGGCAAACUCGCCCACGGGCUGUGGGAGGCGCUGGGCCUGGAGCUGCAGCCGGCGCUCUGCUCGCUGCUGCUGCGCGACGUCCUGUCGCACGUGGAGGCGGUGCGCGUCGCCGGCGCCGCCGCCCUGGCCGCCGCCCUCGAGCCGUACCCCGAGCUGGCGCCGGACGUGCUCGGCCAGCUCCGCACGCUCUACCAGGAGAAGCUCUACCGAGCGCCGCCCGUGCUGGACGGGCUGGGCCGCGUGGUGACCGAGUCCCCGCCCGACAAAUGGGAGGCGCGCUGCGGCGUGGCGCUGGCGCUGGCGGCCGUGGCCGGCUCGCUGGGCGGCGAGCGCGUCACGCCGCUCUUCCGCUUCUUCGUGCCCGAGGCGCUGGGCGACCGGCACGCCGAGGUGCGGCGCCGCAUGCUGGACGCAGCGCUCGCCGCGCUCAACCACCAUGGCAAGGAGUGCGUGAACGAGCUCCUGCCGCUGCUGGAGGAUUCGCUGCGCGACUCUCCGGACGACGCGAGCUACGACGCAGUGCGGCAGGGCGUCGUUAUCCUCAUGGGGUCGCUCGCCAAGCAUCUGGACCGCAGCGACCCCAAGGUCAAGCCCAUCGUGGCCAAGCUGGUCGCAGCGCUCUCCACGCCUUCGCAGCAGGUGCAGGAGUCGGUGGCGAACUGCCUGGCGCCGCUGGUGCCGGCGAUGCGCGAGGACGCGCCGGCGAUGGCGCGCCACCUCAUGGCGCUGCUGCUGGAGGCGGAGAGCUACGGGGAGCGGCGGGGCGCGGCCCACGGCCUGGCGGGCCUCGUGCGCGGCCUUGGCAUCCUGGCGCUCAAGCAGCUGGACGUCAUGUCCACCCUCACCGACGCCAUCCAGGACAAGAAGCACUACCGCCGCCGCGAGGGCGCGCUCUUCGGCUUUGAGAUGCUGUGCAGCAUGCUGGGCCGGCUGUUUGAGCCGUACGUGGUGCACGCCCUGCCGCACCUGCUGCUGUGCCUGGGCGACGGGAACCAGUACGUGCGGGAGGCGGCCGAGGAGACGGCGAAGGCCGUGAUGCGGAACCUGAGCACGCACGGCGUGAAGCUCGUGCUGCCCUCGCUGCUCGCCGCCCUGGAGGAGGACUCGUGGAGAACCAAGACGGGCUCGGUGGAACUGCUGGGCUCGAUGGCGUACUGCGCUCCCAAGCAGCUGUCGGCGUGCCUGCCCAGCAUCGUGCCCAAGCUCACGCAGGUGCUCACCGACUCGCACGUCAAGGUGCAGCAGGCCGGCCAGCAGGCGCUCAAGCUCAUCAGCAGCGUCAUCCGCAACCCCGAGAUCCAGGCCAUCACGCCGGUGAUCCUGGAGGCGCUGACGGACCCGUCGCGCCAGGUGCACCGCUGCCUGCACACGCUGCUACAGACGCAGUUCGUGCACUUCAUCGACGCGCCGUCGCUCGCCCUUAUCAUGCCCAUCGUGCAGCGCGCCUUCCUCGACCGCUCCACCGACACGCGCAAGAUGGCGGCGCAGAUCAUCGGCAACAUGUACUCGCUCACCGACCAGAAGGACCUGGCACCGUACCUGCCCAGCGUCAUCCCGGGCCUCAAGACGUCGCUGCUUGACCCCGUCCCAGAGGUGCGUGCGGUGUCGGCCAAGGCGCUGGGCGCAAUGGUGAAGGGCAUGGGCGAGGAGAGCUUCGAGGACCUCAUGCCCUGGCUCAUGCAGACGCUCACCUCCGAGCAGAGCUCUGUGGACCGCUCCGGAGCCGCGCAGGGCCUCUCGGAGGUGCUGGUGAGCCUGGGCGUGGAGAAGCUCGACAAGCUGAUGCCGGAGAUCGUCGCCAAUGCUUCCAAGGCCGACCUGGCACCGCACGUGCGCGACGGCUACAUCAUGAUGUUCAUAUUCCUGCCCGCCACGUUCGGAGAGCGCUUCACCCCCUAUGUGGGGCCCAUCAUCCCGGCCAUCCUCAAGGCGCUGGCCGACGAGAAUGAGUUUGUGCGCGACACGGCGCUCCGCGCGGGUCAGCGCAUCAUCUCCACCUACGCGGAGAAGGCCAUCACGCUGCUGCUGCCCCAGCUGGAGGACGGCCUCUUCAACGACAGCUGGCGCAUCCGGUUCAGCUCCGUGCAGCUGCUGGGCGAUCUGCUCUUCCACAUCUCGGGCGUCUCGGGGAAGAUGACGACCGAGACGGCGUCCGAGGACGACAAUUUCGGCACCGUGCAGUCCACCAAGGCCAUCAUCUCGGCGCUGGGCCCCGAGCGCCGGAACCGCGUCCUCUCGGGCCUCUACAUGGGCCGCUCGGACGUGGCGCUGGUGGUGCGCCAGGCGGCGCUGCACGUGUGGAAGGUGGUGGUGGCCAACACGCCGCGCACGCUGCGCGAGAUCCUCCCCACGCUCUUCGGCCUGCUCCUCGGCUUCCUGGCCUCCACUAACUACGACAAGCGGCAGAUUGCGGCGCGCACGCUGGGGGACCUGGUGCGGAAGCUGGGGGAGAAGAUCCUCCCCGAGAUCAUCCCCAUCCUGGAGGCCGGCCUGUGCUCGGAGCACAGCGACGAGCGCCAGGGCGUGUGCAUCGGCCUCAGCGAGAUCAUGCGCUCCACGAGCCGCGACGCGGUGCUGCUGUUUGCGGGCAGCCUGGUGCCCACGGUGCGGCGUGCGCUGUGCGACCCGCUGCCCGAGGUGCGCGAGGCGGCAGCGCGAACCUUCGAGCAGCUGCACACCACCGUGGGGCAGACGGCGCUCGACGACAUCCUACCCAGCAUGCUCCAGCAGCUGGAUGACGAGGCGGUGUCGGAGUUUGCGCUCGAUGGCCUCAAGCAGGUGAUGGCCGUCAAGAGCCGCGUUGUGCUGCCCUACCUCAUCCCCAAGCUCACCACGCCCCCCGUGAGCGUGCGUGUUCUGGCGUUCCUCUCGGCGGUCGCCGGCGAUGCCCUGACGCGGCACCUGCCGGUGGUGCUCGCCGCUCUGCUCACCGCGCUGCGGGACGCCAGUGGGACGCCCGGGGAGCAGCAGGAGCUGGAGCACUGCCAGGCGGUGCUGCUGAGCGUGACGGACCCGGCGGGCGUGCGCGUCACCGUCGACACGCUGCUCGAGGCGUCGCGCUCCCCGGAGGCGGCCGCGUUGCCGCAGCGCCGCGCCGCCACGGCGCUGCUGGGCGCCGUGUGCGCGCGCGGGCGCGCCGACCUCUCGGACCACAUCCCCUCGCUCAUCCGCGGCCUCCUCCGCCUCUUCGCCGACGAGGACGACGUCGUUCUCAACAACAGCUGGGACGCUCUCCACGCCGUCAUCAAGAAGCUGGACGCAGCGGAGCAGAUGCGCUACAUCCGCGAGCUGCGCCAGGCAAUCCGUUUGGCGGCGUCCGACCUCCUGCCCGGGCAGCACCUGCCCGGCUUCUGCCUUCCCAAGAAGGGCGCGUCGUCGAUCCUGCCCGUGCUGCGCGAGGGCGUGCUGAGCGGCGGGGCGGAGCUCAAGGAGGAGGCGGCGCACGGCCUGGGCGAGGUGGUGCGCCUCACGGCGCCCGACGCGCUGCGCCCCUCCGUCGUGAGCAUCACGGGGCCGCUCAUCCGCAUCCUGGGGGACCGUUUCGCGUGGAGCGUCAAGGUGGCGCUGCUCGACACGCUCGCCCUGCUGCUCGCCAAGGUUGGCAUGCAGCUGAAGCCGUUCCUGCCGCAGCUGCAGACGACGUUCACCAAGGCGCUGCAGGACCCCAACCGCCUGGUGCGCCUCAAGGCGGCCGAGGCACUGGGCCACCUGGUGCCCAUCCACGCCAAGGUGGACCCCCUCUUCACCGAGCUGCUCGCCGGGGCCAGGGCGGCCGAGGACGCCGGCGUGCGGGAGACGACGCUGCAGGCGCUGCGUUUCACCAUCGCCGGCGCUGGCAGCAAAGUGGACCCAUCCGUGCGGCGUAGCGUGACGACCGCGCUGCUCGGCAUGCUGGGACACGAGGAGGACCCGACGCGUGCGGUGGGAGCCGGCUGCCUGGGGGAGCUGUGCGCUUUCCUUCCCGAGGAGGAGCUGCAGUCCGUGCUGCUGCAGCACGUGCUGGUGAGCGAGCAGGCGGUGGACUGGAUGACGCGCGCCGGCCGCGCUCUGGCGCUCUGCGUGGCGCUCAAGUCGUGCCCGAGCGCGGUGUGCUCCCCGGAGCGGGCGCCACGCGUCCUCGACUGCAUCCUGGCCAACGCCAACGCCGACCGGGUGCUGAUCGCGGUGAGCGGCGUGCGAGCGGCCGGCUACUUGAUGAGGCACCAGAUGGAGCGCGAAGGGGGCGGCGGCUUCUCUCCCAAGCUCGUCACCGUGCUCGUCAAGGGCCUGCAGCACCAGUCGAGCGAGGUGCGCCUGGUGGCGGCGCAGGUGUCGUGCUGGGUGCACCGCGCGCCGGGCCCCGAGGCGGCCGACGCCGGCGCCGCCAAGCCGCUGCUCAAGGCACUGCUGGACGGCUACAAGGACAAGAAUACGGCGGUGCGAGCCGCCAGCGAGCUGGCGCUCGUCAGCCUCCUGCGUCUGCGCCACGGGGACGCCACCUGCCAGGCCAUGUCCAAGGAGCUGGACCCCACGAGCCUGGAGCUGCUCAACGACUGCUGCAAGCGCUCGCUGCGCAAGCUGGCCAGCCAGCCGGAGCCCGCCGAGCACAUCGACGACACCAUCCUCACGUGACGGCCUCGCCCGCCCGCCGGCACGAGCACCGCUCCUCCUGAACCUCCCACUCCUCUUCCCGCUCCUCCUGAACCUCCCACUCCUCCUCCCACUCAACCUUCCACUCCUCCUCAGCCUCCCACUCCUCCUCCCACCCCUCAACAUCCCACUCCUCCUCAACCUUCCACUCCUCCUCAACAUCCCACCCCUCUUCCUCCUCCCACCCCUCUUCCACCUCCCACUGCUCCUUCUCCCCGACCUCAUCCUCCUCCGACCUCUGCCGCUCCUCUUCCUGCUUCUUCCUCGCCACCGGUGGUUUCGGCCACGGAGUUCUGAAUCCAUCAACACCACCGCCAAUGUCGUCAUAAUUGUCACGUCGUCUUGAUCACCACCAUCAACGGCCGUCUUCACCACAAUCAUCAUCAUCUUCGUCGCUACUGUUGCCUUGAUCACCAGCAUUGCGAUCGUCACGAUCAUCGUUGUCGGAGUCGUCGCUGCUGCUGCUGACGCGCUAUGUGACGUUCCACCUUCGGGGCGUCGUGUCACUCGGGGUCACGUGACGGCUGCAGCCACGAGAGGCGCUAUAUUCGACGGUGGAAAAACAAAUAUUUGAUUCUUGAAUCGCAAAGCACGCAACCGUGAGAGUUCCUCAAAUCCCAGGGGGCUAAAUCGCGAAAAGGCAACUUCUCACCACAUCCUUUGUUUCCAUUUUAAUUCUCAUGAUCAUCACAAUCAAUGACAGUCAUCAUGAUUUCAUCGCUCUCGUCAUUAUGAUCAUCGUCAUCUUAAUUCCUCCGCCAUCGACCGAAACGGGAAGAACUCGCUCUGUGGGGAUUCAGCUGCGACUGUCCUGCCGGAGAGACUGGCCCCUGUUUUAAGAAUGUGGAAUUUCCACAACUGGAUUUCAGGAUUACCAACAGAGGUGGCAAUUCCACCCCGGAGGAAUGAUGGUGGUGGUGGUUUAUGGCUACUGGCGCCCGCGUAUAUAAUCUUAUUACCUGGUCGCGAGUCUCGCACUCCAACCAUGACGUCCGUCGCAACGCCGAAUGUGAAACAGACUUUACACGGUCCCUUUUGCGCACUUUCCCGAUGUCCGCUCCCAAUUAGCGUUGUCACAAUUUCUCCUUCAGAGCAAACCCUGGACACAUUUCUCGGCGUUUGGUCUGUCAGCACUGCGCAGCACAACGCCACCAGAAAUCGGCACAAGUCGAUUCCCGGACUGGUGGCGUCCGUAACUCGGACUCCACCGCCACCAUCCGAAGGGUGAGGAGGAGAGGAGGGGGAGGAGAAGUGAGGGGGUAGUGGAACCCGGAGGGAAUCUGUCGCGGUUCGAACGCGAACUGGCAGCCUCACGCGGGUCAAGGGAUAGCGCGCACACGGACACACGGACACGCGCACACACACACACUGCCUCUUCAAUACAUAACCCUUGACCCAAGAACUUUCACUCUGGACCCAGCAACAUUCUGGGGUCACCUUUGACACGGGGAUUUCAUAAUGCUGCGUUCGUAGGGAAACGCGGUUUAAGAUAUAAAACAGAAAAAUGACGACGAAGUGGUUUAAUGUACAACUCGUCCUGUUUUCUAGGCCUUGUGGUUUUGUGUUAUUUAGAUCUCAAUUCCUGAAAUUGUAGGGAAUGAGGGGCAAUGGUGAUUUAAAAAUAAAUUGUUUAAAAAAGCGUUUAAACAAAAUAAAAUCGUCAGCGAAAGUCGAUUGGAGCUCAGAAAAACCGAACGGAUGAUGUUCCAAAAGCGACGCCUGGCAAAUCCAGGCCUGGCGGCCCUUGCCCGGACAUCUGAGUAACAACGGGGGGGGGGGGGGGGGGGGGGAUGUUUUGUCCUGCGGUAAAUUCUCUGCAAGGUGCGAGCUGUUAAUUUGAAACACAUGGUGGUGUUGUCCAGUUGGCAACAUUGGCAGAAACCUUUGCCAAUAGAGGGUGGUGGUGCUGCUGGUGGUGCUGGUGCUGGUGGUGGUGCUGGUGGUGGUGCUGGUGCUGGUGGUGGUGCUGGUGGUGGUGCAGCGGUCGGCGUGCUGUGCUACGAACCCAACGACCCGGGUUCGAUUCCCGCUCGGGGCCACCAACACCACUGGCGAUUAUUUGAACCGGUCCUGGGCUUCCCCUAGGUUGACUCGGCCUUAAAUGAGUACCUGGUGCGGUGUGUUAACGUCACCCUGCUGGGGAGACGAAGGCGGCCAGGCGCGUUGUUGGCCGCCCGUCCCCCUCGUGUCCCGUGUCGGCCUUAAUAGGUGCUGUCCGCCAACAGCACAUGCCACACAGGGGGAUCUUUGUCUGUUGUUUUGGUGGUGGCGGUGUCACCGGCUGGACGUCUCGGAUGUCGAUGUUGGCGUGGCUCCCUCGCAGCGCACCGAGCGAGUGGGCAGCGCACGGAGCGAGUGGGCAGCGCACCGAGCACCGUUGGGGAGGCCGGCCGCGCCCUCGAGUGGUUAAAUAAAGGUCGACGCCUCUGCUGGGUCCGAGUGCGA